ACUUGGAUGUUUACUAAUAUUUGAUAAGAUCAGAUGUGGGACAGAUAAGGUUACAUUUGUGGGGAGUGAUUUGUGGUGAUUUUUGAUGAGUUUCAAAUGAGAUUAGAAUUAAGAUAUCACAUUUCACAAACGGCAGAUUUAGUCAAAUUAUGUAUCUUUGUUCACUAUUUGAUUUAUUAUGAAUCAGUGUUUUGAUGGUUAUUUGUAUUCCCUCACAUUUUAGUUUAGAUAUCUUCAAGACAAGCAUUUGUGUGUGUGGUUUUGUGUUGGGAAUUUAAUAGGUUGUAAUAGAUACCCUUAUGGCCAAAAUGGUCUCUAGCCUAUCGCCAUAUUCCACUGUGAUGGACCUUAGUGUGACUUCUGACCUUCCAGACUCAGGGUCGCCAAACAACACCAUCCUUCGUAGUCGGAGUCUUCAUGAUAAACUGUUACCUAGCAACGUGUCAGGUGACUACGAAAAUCUAGGACCCACAGGUAGCUUGGAGGAUUUCCAUCAUUUUACUCAUGGGUAUAACUGUACAUCGUCCCGGUUUGGCAGUCUAGAGACCCUACCAAAGAAACGACCCCCCGACUUUGACCAAGGUCAGGCUAAGGUCAACAGUCUAUGGAAAAACCUUGACAUGAAGUCAAAGGUCAAAGUGCAAGAUGGUGAAAGAAAUCAUGAGUUGGUCAGCAAUCAUUGGAGCCACCUUGAAAGAAAACAUUCCAAGGUCAAAGAAAUGAACCAAAUUACACAGGAUGACAAUUUUAAAACAAACAAUGGAACAUUAUUUUAUGACAUUGAACAAGAAAUUGUAGAAGACAGAGCUGAAAGCCCUAAAGUGGAUUAUGACGAUGAGGAAUAUGACUAUCUUAGUAUUUCUGUGGACAUUCCUCCAACUAAGCAGAGGUUUGGUUUCUCUGUAAGUGGUGGAUGUGACGAGAUGUUCUCACCAAGAGUUGACAGUAUUGCUAAAGGUUCACCAGCAGAAAAAGCCAGUUUGCUUGUUGGUGAUGAAAUUAUUGAAGUCAAUGGAAAAUCUCUUGAAAAUGUCUCACACGCAGAUGUUAUUGCAUACAUUCACAAGUGCAUUAAAUCGAAGUCGAUUCAUCUUCGUGUCAAAAGAAAGAAGGGUGAUAAGCAAGUUGCAGUAUCAUCAGAAAACAUUCAGAAUGCCUACAUAGUUGCCGUUGAAGAGGACGCUAAACGUCGUCUUGAGGAUCUUCUUUUCAACCACAAACUCACGCCCGUUGAUAUGACUAAAAAUGUAGGUGGGGAAAGUGAAAAUCAAGCAACAGAUGAAAUAAAUUAUUCCACAGAAAGUUCUUUGGAUUUAUCGUUGGAGAGGGCAGUUUUACAAUCCUCGAUGCCGUACAUGACUCAAUCUGGUCCCAUGACCAACGGGCAUGUUGAAAUGGCCGAUAUGAACGGUUACAAGGAAGUAAAAAAGGGGAAAGGUAAAAAGAGCAAGGGGUCGAGUAUGGGAAGUAACGAGACUCCAAUGAUCGAUAACUUGCUGAUGGAGAGGAUGAACAGCCAGAACCAUCUCAAUAAAUAUGACAUGGAUGAUAGUUUUGAGGAUGUUCACAGUUCUAUAGAGUUUGACCCUGAAAAGCACAGGGAAAUGGCCAUUGACGUGCCCAAAAACUUUCAUCCCUCAGCAAAAACUCAACCUCGCUUUCCGUCUUCUACGCACUCCUCGCCACGAUCAACCCCAGUUAAAGAAAGUGCUAAAAAUGGUAAAACAAACACUAACAGUGACGAGCAGUUACGGAUUAAGCACCACCAGGAAGAAAUUCGAAAGCGCAAUGAACGUGAGGAACAACGAUUGAAAGAACAGGAGUUUUUGCGUGCUUCCUUAAGACGUUCAGAAAAACUGCGUGCUCUCCAAAAGGCGCAGAGCAAACAGAAUCAAGCUGGAGUUGAUAAUACGGCGUAUGCUAACGAGGAUGAGGAUUCGGGCGGGUUCGAGGAGGGCUAUGUCAGUGGGAGACAUACGCAGAAUAGUCGAGACUACAUGAAGAAAAAUAUUGGCAAUGGGGAUGUUCUGGCGCUGCUGCGUCACAUGAAGGAGAUUGUCCACUCCAAAGAAGGCAAAGAGAAACUGAAGUUCCUCACAAACUUUUUUGACCAGACCCAGUUUCAGAACGCGGUGGAUGUCCACCAGAAAGUUCUGGAGGUUAAACGUCACACACCGCAGUACCGAGCAGAAUGCCUGAACGCACGGGAGCUGAGGGAGGAGGGCGUGAGUGCGUUGUGUUCAAUGAAGUCACCCGUUACCACGGAGCUACUCAGCAUUCUUAACAAGCCACAGAUGAAGGAGCUGCUGUACACUCAGGACAGUGUUGCCGAACUCCAGUUCAAGUCUUCCGCGGACCAGGAGCCCCCCAAUGAGGACCCACACAUCCCUAACAGCGUUCCAGACACUGCCUCUGUCAUACGAAUUGUCCACCUGGAGAAGACCACCGAACCACUGGGUGCAACGGUGCGUAAUGACGGCGAGUCUGUGAUCAUAAGCCGUAUCGUGAAGGGUGGGACAGCAGAUAAGAGCCGGUUGCUUCACGAGGGAGAUGAGAUACUCGACAUCAACGGCAUGUCCAUGAAGGGAAUGGACAUCAAUGAAGUGUCAGACAGACUCGCUGAAAUGACGGGCACAAUAACGUUCACCAUCUACCCGUGCAAUGAGUACACCCCAGCGCCAGUUAAUACCAGCAUUAUGCAUGUGAAGGCCCUGUUCAACUAUGACCCCGAGGAUGACCUGUACAUCCCGUGUAGGGAGCUGGGCCUGUCGUUCAUCAAGUCUGAGAUCCUGCAUGUGAUCAACCAGGAGGACCCGAACUGGUGGCAGGCAUACAGGGAGGGGGAGGAGGACCAUCAAAGCCUGGCAGGGCUCAUACCUAGCAAGGCUUUCCAUGAACAGAGAGAACAGAUGCGACUUACCAUAGGAACAGAAAAUAAAGAAAAUCAAAAGAAAGGAAGAUCAUGUUCUUGUGGAAGGGCAAACAAAAAGAAAAAGAAGCGAAAACAAAAAGAAGACCAGGACGAGGUGUUGUCAUAUCAGGAGGUGGCCCAGUAUUACCCAGAGCCCAACAGGCGCCGCCCCAUCGUCCUCAUCGGGCCCGCAAACGUGGGGCGACAGGAGUUACGCCAACGUCUUAUGGAGUCUGACUACGAUAGAUUCGCUGCCGCAAUACCACAUACUAGUCGACCAAUCAAAACAGAUAAUGAGCCAGAGAUUAACGGGAAGGAUUACCACUUUGUGUCUCGGAUGGCAUUUGAAAACGAUAUUCAUGCUGGGAAAUUCAUUGAGCAUGGCGAGUUUGAUAAAAAUCUGUACGGCACCAGCGUGGAUGCUGUCAGACAAGUGAUCAGCAGCGGAAAAAUAUGUGUUCUUAAUACAGAUCCUGAGGUGAUAUUUCAGGCCCUGUACAUGCUGUAUGAGACUGAUUUGAAGCCCUAUGUGAUAUUUGUGUACCCAGCCAACAUAGAGAAGCUGCGGCAGAUUCAUCACCAUCUGGGUCUUGUGGACACCAAGGACGACGAGUUGCGCAGUAUUAUAGAGCGUGCCCGUGAAAUGGAGGACCGGUUUGGCCACCUGUUUGACCACAUUCUUGUGAACCAGGACAUGGACAAGGCUUUUGAUGAACUUGUAACAGAGAUCAACAGGAUAGAGGUGGAGCCUCAAUGGGUUCCCGUAGAAUGGACUCGCUGACCAGACAAGUGACAAGUACUGACCAGGGGUCAUUUUUGUGAGAACGUCAUCUGGCGAGUUUUGAAAAUAACAAGAACUGACAGGGGGUCAUAUUAGUGAGAAUAUCAUUAUGCCAGUUUGGCAAUUUAUCAGUUCUGACCAGGGGUCAUUUUUGUGUGGAUAUCACCAGGCCAGUUUGGCAUAUAACCAGUAGUGACCAGGGGUCAUUUGUGUAAAUAUGAACAGACAUAUUAGGCAAAUGACCAGUAUUUGCUUGCAGUAGUUCUGUAAUAUCAACAGAGGAAAAUAUAAUUUGCUAAUCUACUAGAGAUGAGACUGACGCAUUGGAGCUGUGCUCUGGAUAACAGGCUUUCUGCAUGUGCAUCAAGUCUUGUCCCAGAUUAGCCUGUGCUGACAUCAGAUGGUUGUUUUCUAUAACACUUAUCCUUCUGAUAUUCCCAUGUUUGGCCUGAAUGAAGUUUUUACAACUUAGAGAUGGCCUAGCGUAGGGGUGGUUGCCCGUGUUCUGGUAACAUUCGUAUAAUUUUGUAUCUUAAAAUGUUGUCCUAUGAGGCCUAAUUACAUAAGAUUGCCUACUUGGGUCUGAAUGUAGAGUCAUAUUAUAAAGUCUUGCUCCAUGAUUGUUAUAUUUUUCAUAGCUCUUUAUACUUUUAUUCACAUACUACAUGUACUCCUGUUCAGUAUGUUGUUACACAGAAAUAAUUAUAAUGCAUGUUGCAUUUAAUUUUAAAAACAAAACCACUCUUUUUCUGUAGAUUGAUUCUAGUGCUAUGCUCAUGGAUGGCGGACAAUACACCUUGAUGAAAAUAUGACUGGUGAAUGUUUAAUCUCUUGUGUUCCAAGUUGGCUGUAGAAAUUGUGAUCAUCAUAUCGUAACAAUUUAACCCUUUACCGCUCAGGUAUGCAUUUUGACCCAAUUUUUGUCCCUUAGAAAAUUAACCCUUUGCAUGCGGGGAAAUUUGUCAUCUGCUAAAAUGUUGUCUGCUAAAUUUCUAAAAUUAGCAUUUUCUUCGAUUUUUUUUUCAAAGAAUACUAUCAGAAUAGCAAACAGUUUGGAUCCUGAUGAGACGCCACGUUCUGUGGCGUCUCAUCUGGAUCCAAACUGUUUGCACAGGCCUUCGAAAUUCGGUUCCAGCACUGAAAGGGUUUUAGGCCUUUCUGAAUAGAUUCAAAAUUUAAAGGCUUCAUUUUUCAAUCCUAAGGUAGUGAUGAGCAGCAAAGUGCUGUAAGCUGUGUUGUUGUUUGCUUUCCUAUUCCAUUGAAUGUUUUGUAAACCAGUAAGUUACAACCAGAGCGAAAACUUGCUUAAUACUAGUAAGUACAACUUAAUACUUUGGUGUUUUUCCUUUUUAUAUGAUCCAAAACCUGUACUGUAUUGAGAACCAUAAUAACCUCAAAAUUGUGCCUUAAAAUGUUCCAGUAUCAAAAUUAAUUAUGCCCAAUUAAACUUGUCAACUAAAAAUGUUUUAUUAAUAUUGAUUAUUUAAAUAUAAUACAUGCAAUAUUAUUAAUUUAAAUAUUAUAUUUAAUAUAGUUAGUGUUAUUUACAUACAAUACAGAGAAAAACUACUGCUAUUUUUAGCUCAAGUAAGGUAACCUCAUGGUGUGUAAAAGAUGUGAAACUUUUUUAUAUAUUAGACAAAACCAAGUAUGUUAAACAUUGUACUGGGUAAUUGAUGUUAUUACUAUGGCAAUGACUUAAAAAAUUGAAUUGCCAUUGUGUUACGCAGACACUAAAAAGAACUUUUUUGAUUCUGUUCUGGGAAGAAAUAUUUCCCAAUUUAAGUCGAGUUGACAGUUGUUGACUGACAACAGUGCUUAUUAGCGUUGUGAAGAUGUAUUUAGAAGUACAGUUCAUGUUUGUAUUGUUAAAAACGUAGUUCUGUCUCUAAUCCACACAAGAUGUAUUUGUACCCCACUCUGUGAAAACGGGGCUUUAUAUACAUGUAUGUGCGUAAAGGGUUGUACCAGAUAAGCUUGUGCAGUUUGCACAGGCUAAGCAGGUGGCGACACUUUCUGCCUAAACUUGAUUUUCACAAAGAGGAGUCUUCUUUUCAAAGAAAAAAAUAUUAUUAAAGUGGAAAGUGUCAUCCCUGAUUAGCAAGGCUCUAUAUUAAAUUGUUCUCUGAUCAGAGUGAGUAAAGAUGUGCAUCAGGUCACUUUUUGUGCCAUCGCCAUUUUUAUACACAUUUGUCAUUUUCAUUUCAUUUUGUUGUGAAGAAAUUUUACUGUACAGGUGCAAUAUUCAACAGAACUGCUGUUUAUGUAUUUUGUAAAUGGACAAAAUUGCACUGAAUUAUUUUGUCAUUUACAUCAUUUAUUUAGGAGAUAUUGACUGAUAUUUGAGACGCUCUCGUUGAGCGUUCUGGAAGGAGCUAUGCUGUUCGUUAUUGAGACAAGACAACCUUGCAUUACGUUAUAAUGACAUCGUAGCUCCUCACCAGACUAUGCAAAUGUUCAGGCUGGUCUGGAGCUACAAUGGUGGCAUAUCGUCGCUGUCGUUCUCAAACCUUGUAGCUACAAAAUGCCAACUUUAUAGGAGAGAGAAAAAACCGUCUCAUUUUUUUAUAACGAAGUUUAAGAAAUUGAAAUUCUGUAAAAAUACCAAAAAAAUGAAGCUGCAAAAUACGGUAUAAGCCGUAGAGUCAUACUGAUAAGUCAUACUGACAGUCAGACAUGGUAGCUACGAUAUUUUGUCACCACAGUUUUGUCAUUUUUAUGAGGUACGACAAUUUGUCCUGAUAGAAAACCUCGUAGUUGCAAAUAAAAUUUUUUAUAAAAACGUUUUUGUCAAAUUUGUCCAAACGAAAUGAUGUACCUAUAGGUGAAAUGGCGUCGCUACGACUUUUUGCCAGGAAAAAAGCCAACAAUCAUUCUACAACAUUUCGUCACGUGGCUUUUUCAAGGGCUCUAAUUGGCCUAGAGCUACAAGAUAUAGCACAAAACACGCGCCAGACUUAAUAUAUUCGAAAAAGACCAAACAAAUAUUUUGAAAAUUUUGGAGCUACGAGGUUUGUGAACGACAACGACGAUAUGUUAUAAUUAACAGUUGUCUGAAGUUCUGUCUGAAGUUCAAAGUAGUUGUGUGGAUUUUUUUUUACAAACCUCAAAGUGGAAACAAAUCAGUGACGACAGUAACUUUCAUUCUCUUGCUCUAACUUAUCAUGAAUGUACAUUCCUUGCACUGGACACUUCCAGAUACCAAAUUAUUCAUACAAACAUUUCCAUGUCAUUUCUAUGUGUUAUCAAUGCAGGUUGUGCUAUGGUUGUUACUAAUUUUAAUUACAGAGCAUAUGUAUUGAUGUUAGCUUAUAAAGCUGUUUAUAAGCUGUACAUAUAUAUAAAACAUGGGUUCCUCAAUAAUUUAAUGUCUUCCAAUUGUGUGUAAAAUAUGUACACAGAUUGUUUCUACAGUUAUUUUAAAACAAUUGGUAUAUUUAUUUUUUAAUCACAGAUUUCAUUUUAUUCUUAGUAUGAUUGUAUAAAUUAUGAUACAGUGUAUUAAUUAAAUACACAAACAGAUGUUAAAUUUAUUUAUUAUAGUUAUUAAAACUAAACUAUUUUUUCAUUUAGAUAUAAUAUUAAAAACAAAUUUUAUGCCAGAAAAGAACAAACAAACAUUUUAUAAAGAAUGUAGAAUUCUGCUCAUAUUAUUUACUUUGAAGUUUAAAAAUUGCAGAAAAUUCCUUAACAGUUACGAUGCAUGUAAACCAUAGAUUGUUAUAAGUUGUAUACAGGUAAGUUACGUGGUAAUAUCUAGUGGCUCUUGUUUCUGUUUGGAUAGGUAUUUAUUAAGUGCACGCUGGAAUUACGUUUUAAAAAAGUGGCAUAUAUAUUGGCCAGUGUUUUGAAUGUGUUAACUUUUUUAACAAUUUGUUUGACAGGACAAAUAUGGUGGUUAUUUAAAAAGUGGACAAGAAGCAAGCCAUAAUUUUUAGACUAAUAUUGGCCUGAAAAGUUUUUGCAAUAGGAAAUGACCUUGUACUUUUCAUUUUACCUGUAAUAGAAUGAUCUGAAACAAAUUCAUACUAAAAAAAUGCAUGGCCUACAACAAUUAAUUUUGACAUUAAAAUUAAAACAUACUUUUUUCAAAAUAUUAUGCAUUUCUUUAUCUUUGUGCAUUUAGUUUCUUCAAUCAAUUGUUUGACAUGUCGAACAGCAAGUAUAUAGUUGAAAAUUCCAGCAAAAAUGCACUGUUCAAUUAUGUACUUGUUUUUUACAUCUAAUAUCAUAUUAGUCUCAUCAAUGCUGUUUUAUUAGGAUGUUUUUUUUAUCUCGUAUUUCAUGGCCUAUUAUAUGUCCAUUCUAAAACAAAACCUAAGAUAACCACAUUGUAUUUUAUGAUGUAAGCUACUUGGCGACCCCUAGUCAUUUUUCUUAUAAAUUCUUUUGCCUUAAAUAGUACUAACUUUCUAACGCAAACUUUUCAAUUGUAUAUAAACUUGUAUAUUAUUUUCAUGUGUAUUUUUCUGAAAUAUUACUCAAAGCAAGGAUGAAUGUGAUUAAGUUAAAAAUACACAUGUAAUUGUGCUUAUUUAUGGGCUGUUUAACUCGUAAAGUAUUUUUGUUGACCUAAAUUCCAUUUAGUUGACAUAUCAUUUUAUAGUGUUUUAAUACUAUGUAUCUCACAUUUAAUGAAAUAAUAAUGCGAAAGUUGUACAUAACUAUUAUAUCAGAUUAUCUAUGGUAUCAAAUAUUUAAGAACAAAAUAAACAUUAUUAUACACUA